UAGCAAUAAAAAGCCAGAAAGUCUUUGUCAUGGACAUAUUUAGGGAAACAAGGAUAUUUUCAGGCAGUAGGAGUGAGCGCACUGGGGGAGUGGCUUCUGUUGUCCAGGACAACAGCAUCAACACAUAGCGUGGUGACAACACACGCCCGCACACACACAGAGAGAGAGAGAGAGCCAGCGAAUGCGUAUGCAUGUCUUGAGUCAGUCAGAGAAUCGAUUCCUCUUCCAGUGGACCGAGCCAGGCACCCAAUUGAAGAGUGCCUCUCCUGGGCUCGAGCGCUGCUCAGAGCCACUGAUUCCACAGGGGAACAGCAGACACUGGCAGGAGGACUGGAGGAGGUGGUGGAAAGGGGAGGAGUGACACCGGUUAACAGAUUAAAGCCCUCUCUGUUUCUCUCUCUCUUUCAUUCCCUCCGAGUGAGGAGAGACAACUCUAGGCACUGCAUGCUGUAAUCACAUUGCUUCUGUGUAAUUUGCUCCUCUCAAUUACUUGUCCUUUCCUACUCUGUUUUUACACUGCUGCGGUCUGAAGAAAAAGCAGGGCACGAUUCAAAAGGACUUGUGCGUCUCUUGUGCUGCUGCCUCUUUCCCCCUCUGUCCUUCUUUCUCUCUCUUUCUUUAAAUGUAAGUGGAAGGUGAGAUUGGGGGGAGUGGGGAUAACCCGUUGCGGCCAGCUGGAGAAAUGGGCAAAUCCAACAGCAAACUAAAGCCUGAGGUAGUGGAAGAGCUGUGCAGAAAGACCUACUUCACAGAGAAGGAAGUUCAGCAGUGGUAUAAGGGUUUUAUCAAAGAUUGUCCCAGUGGUCAGUUGGACAGCGCUGGCUUUCAGAAGAUCUACAAGCAAUUCUUCCCCUUCGGUGAUCCCACCAAAUUUGCCACCUUUGUCUUCAAUGUCUUUGAUGAAAACAAGGAUGGACGAAUCGAGUUCUCAGAGUUUAUUCAAGCUUUGUCCGUCACAUCCAGAGGGACGCUGGAUGAAAAACUCAGAUGGGCCUUUAAACUUUAUGAUCUUGAUAAUGAUGGCUACAUAACCCGAGAUGAGAUGCUGAACAUCGUGGACGCCAUCUACCAGAUGGUGGGGAACACAGUGGAGUUACCUGAGGAGGAAAACACACCAGAGAAAAGAGUCGACCGCAUCUUUGCUAUGAUGGAUAAGAAUGCAGAUGGGAUGUUGACUCUGCAUGAGUUUCAGGAGGGCUCCAAGGCAGACCCCUCUAUUGUACAAGCACUCUCCCUUUAUGACGGCCUGGUGUAGGCCCAUCUCAAAGUGGCGUUCAGUAAUCAAUACAGUCCAUUUUUGUCAUCCUGCUGGCACUGUGAGAGGAAAACUGACCUGCCACCAACCUCUUGGACCUGCCAAGUGCCAACAUGAAGGUGCAUUGUAGGUGUUGCUCUUAAGAGGGGAUCAA